AUGGUGAAAGUGGUGCUGCCAAGUUUUGUGGAAAUCAAGGGCAGCAAACUUUUCUCAGACAUCGUCAUGAUAACUGCAGACAAAGAAAUAUCAGUAGUAUCUAAAAACUCCAAGCCUUUAAGUACAGAUAUUGCUCAGUUGUACCCUGUGGAAAGCUUAGGAAGGAACUAUUAUGUAGUGACGCCUUCACUCGGCCCCAAAAAUGCCUUUCCAGAAUUUUCUGUUUUUAGCGUUAAAGGGCCUAAUGUGGUUACCAUUGAUUUGAAGGCCCAGGUGAUAUUCAAUGGAAAAACAUAUGCUGCAGGAAAGAAGCUCAUAGUGACCUUGAAAGCUUUCGAAGGAAUCCAGUUGCAAGGAACAGGCGAUCUUUCUGGUACUGAGAUUGACUCCCAGGAGCCUGUGGCUGUCCUGUCCGGUCACAUCUGUUCAUGGAAAUACACAAAAUGUAACCAUGUGUUUGAGCAGCUACAGCCAGUACCCAGCUGGGGGAAGACAUUCAUGGUUCCUCCUUUACCUGGGCAGACUAAAAGCGAUAUUCUCUACGUUUCAGCAUCUCAAGAUACUGUCGUGAAUUACCAGAUAGGUGCAAAUAAGAAGGCAGCAAUACUGGUAGGUGGUCAGGUCGUGCAGAUUCUUGUUUUGCCCCAAAACCCAGUCUACCUCUCAGCUAGUUCUCCAGUACAACUGUACUACUUUGCUACGGGUGCAAAAUUCCAGAAUACUAUCUAUGACACCUUAUUGAUGGAGAUUCCAGCUGUAGACCGAUACAGCCGUGAGUACACCGUGAAUGGACAGGUCGGCUUUCAGAACUUUGUUUUCCUGGUGGCGAAGACUACAGUGGUUAAUGAUUUCACAGUGAAUGGCAAACCACUGGUCAAACUGCAAUGGAGUGCAAUCCCAGGCACAGAAUACUCUUGGGGAAGAUUUGAUCUGAAAGAUGCAGAUUUUGCCUACAAAGUGUUACAUCCUGAAUUACCAUUUUGCCUUCUCAGCGUGGGCAUUGCCGAUCAGAACAGCUACGGCACAGUGGGUGCUGCCAAGCAAAAUGAACAAAUUAUCACCUGUGCUAAUGUUCUGUGUAAUAAAGGCACUGAAUGCAAGAUGAUCAAUGGACAGCCGCAUUGCCUGCCAGUCUCUAAUGCAACCUGCUGGGCGUGGGGUGAUCCACAUUACUGCACUUUUGAUGGCCGCAAAUUUGACUUCCAAGGCACUUGUACCUACACACUUUGCAAGACGACUGAGAAUAAUGGGUUCCCAUACUUCCACAUCUUUGCCAAGAAUGAAAACAGAGGAAACAAGCGUGUAUCCUACGUGGGGGAGGUGACUUUUGAGACUUCGGAGUACAGCAUCACAAUAGUCAGAUCAGAAGUUGGUUAUGUGAGGUUCAAUGGGAUUAAGACACCCUUGCCUAUCACUUUAAAUGAAGGGAAAGUAUGGAUUGUACAGAGUGGCACCUCCGUCGUCAUCACCACUGAGUAUCAGCUCAGGAUAUCUUAUGACUGGAAUCACCACAUUCAGGUCACCCUCAGCAGUGUUUUUCAUGGACUUGUCGCUGGCCUUUGUGGGAACUAUAAUGAGGAUCCCAAAGAUGACUUCAUGACACCAGAAGGAACAUUGGCUCCAGAUGCCAAUGCCUUUGGCGAGAGUUGGUGGCUGAAGGGCCAACAUGACAACUGCUGGAACGAUUGCCAUGGUCCUUGUCAAGCUUGCCGACCUGAUCUGGUUACAAAGUAUGGAUCCCAGCAAUAUUGUGGCCUGAUAGCCGCUCCUUCAAAUGGCCCCUUUGCCCCUUGCCAUGCCAAGGUGGACCCCGCCUUCUUCUUUGAGAGCUGUGUCUAUGAUGUUUGUGCCAACGAUGGCCAUAGACCAACCCUGUGUGAUGCCCUGAAGGCCUAUGCAGAUGCCUGCCAGAGAGUGGGAGUCCAGAUUGGCGAAUGGAGGAAAACUGCUGGAUGUCCUUUGCAGUGCCCUACAAACAGUGAGUACCAGCCCUGUGGAACAGCCUGCCCUGCCACUUGUGUGGAUCAAAAGGAACUGUUGUGCCCGGCUGUUUGUGUGGAAGGCUGCCAGUGUAAAGAAGGUUUUGUGCUCAGCCAUGGGACCUGCAUUCCAAAGAGCAGCUGUGGAUGCUAUUACGAAGGACGCCCCUAUGCCCCCAAUGAGAAAUUCUGGGCCGACGACCGGUGUUCGAAGCUCUGUGUGUGCAACCCAGCCACAAGGCAAGUGGAGUGUGGACCCAGUUCUUGCAAAUCCUCAGAAAAAUGUGACGUGCAGAAGGGCGUGCGGGGCUGCUACCCCAUUGACUUUGGUAACUGCACUGCCCAGGGAGACCCCCACUAUUGUACCUACGACAAUUGCAGGUUUGAUUUCCAAGGGAGCUGUUCCUAUGUGCUUUCUCAAGUGGAUGAAACCGUAAAGGACGUGCCGUGGUUCGGUGUGUAUGUUGAAAAUGAAUAUCGGGGAAAUAAUCAUGUGACCUGGACUCGGAGUGUGCAAGUCAAUGUCUAUGAUAAGGAGAUUGUUGUCAGCAGGCAGCAUCCUGGUAAAAUCUUGGUUGAUGGCUUGUUAACCUGCCUUCCUUACAGCUCAUUUGGAGGAAGAGUCAAGGCAUUCAGGCAGGGCAACAGUGCUGUCAUCCAGACAAGCUUUGACCUUUCUGUACGUUUUGACUGGAACAAUCAUGUUUUUGUCACCGUACCCGGCACAUAUGCAGGCAUCCUGCAUGGUCUGUGUGGGAACUUCAAUGGGAACUGUAAAGAUGAUGCCCUUGUGCCCGGUAAAAUCCUUGUUCCCAGCAUCCCAGUAUUUGGGAAAACUAAGAAACCUGACCCAAAGUGCAAUGAGAUCAUUGAUCCAAAGUGUCCAGGUAUCGAGGCCAUGCGAGAGCAGCAGCGUGCCUCGGGCAAAGAUUGUGGGCUCAUUGUUGCCAGGGACGGGCCCUUCCGGGAAUGCCAUGCACAUAUUGACCCAGAAGAUGCUUUCUUGGAUUGUAUCUCUCUGUUUUCGUCUACAGCCCCAGCCUGUCCUAGAAACAGUCAUUACGAAUUAUGUGCCAAGGAGUGUGGCCAGAGCUGCAACAGUCUUUAUGUUCCAGCGUCUUGCCCUGCCAAAUGUGAGGAGGACUGUGUCUGUGAUGAGGACUUCAUCAAGAACGAUGAUGUUUGCGUUCCAAUUGCUCAGUGUGGAUGUUUCCAUCAGGGACAAUACUAUCCAGUGUUGGAGUACUUCUACCCAAGUUGUGAAGAACGCUGCCAGUGUCAGGCCGGUGGGAGAGUGGUGUGUGAAGUGAUCCGCUGUGGCCCCAACGAAGAGUGCAAAUUGCUGGGCGGCGUCCGGAAAUGCCAUCCAACUGGAAGCGCUACCUGCUCUGCUAUUGGCAACUUUUAUCAAACCUUUGAUAGCUUGUCCUUUAGUUUCCAGAGUACCUGCAGCUACAUUCUUGCCAAAGUGAAGGAAAAUAAUGUGGGCGUGAGACCCAUCUCUGUUAUUAUAGAAAAUGAAGCCUUGCCGAAUAGAAAGACGACUCUGAUCAAGCUGGUCCGUAUAGAAAUCUCAGGCACUGAGGUUACCUUGCUGCGGAACAAAGUGGGAAGCAUCCUGGUGGAUGGCGUAUUCUAUUACCUCCCUGUGAAUCUUUUAGAUGGGCAAGUGAGAAUCUAUCAGUAUGGAGUCAGCAUCAGGCUAGAUAGUGCUUUUGGCUUUGCACUCAUCUAUGACCAGAAUUCCCAUCUGAGGAUCACCAUUCCCAGCACCUAUCAGGGUCAUAUGGCAGGCUUGUGUGGCGACUACAAUGGAUGGAAGGAGAAUGAUCUUCAGCUCCCUGAUGGCAGUGUUGUAUCUGAUGUGAUUACAUUUGUUUCUUCCUGGAAACUCCCAGUCCUGGGUGUGUCCUGCAGAGAUAGAUGCACAGGCCCUAGCAUUCCAAUUUGUGGGAAAGAGAAGGAAGAAGAUUUUAAGCAGCGCAGCUCCUGUGGGAUCAUCACAGCCUCUGAUGGGCCUUUCCAGACCUGCCAUGCCAUUGUGGACCCCAAUGUGUACCUGAACAACUGCAUCCUUAAAUUGUGUAUAGGAGGUGGAGACAAUGAUGCCUUGUGCCAGGCCAUCCAGAGUUACGUGACUGCCUGCCAAGAAGCCAAGGUCGACAUCCAGCCUUGGAGGAGUCCUUCGUUUUGUCCCCUGACUUGCCCAGCCAACAGCCAUUAUAGCAUCUGCUCUAACAUCUGUGAAACCAACUGUGCUGGGAUCACGGAUCAUCUCAAGUGCCCAGAACACUGUGUAGAAGGUUGCCAGUGUGAUGAUGGAUUCUUCUUUGAUGGCAUCAAAUGUGUCUCCUUGGACGAAUGUGGUUGCUUUGAGAACAACAGAUACUACCCGCCCAAUGAAGAGAUCCUGUUGAAGGACUGCACUGAGAAAUGCAUCUGUAGUCCAGCUGGGGGUGUCAUCUGUGAAGCCAAUGCUUGCCCAGAGGAUAAAAUCUGUCUAGUGAAGGAUGGUGUCCUGCAGUGCGGGAGCAAAGAGCCACCAGCUCCCAGCUGUCUUCACGUUAAGUGUCAGAAAGACACGGUCUGCAAGAUCAUCAAUGGACAACCACAGUGUGUGCCAACCUCUAAUUCUACCUGCUGGGCGUGGGGUGAUCCACAUUACUGCACUUUUGAUGGCCGCAAAUUUGACUUCCAAGGCACUUGUACCUACACAAUUGUCCAGACGAUUGAUGAUAAUUUAGGUUGCCCAUCGUUCCACAUCUUUGCCAAGAAUGAAAACAGAGGAAACAAGCGUGUAUCCUACGUGGGGGAGGUGACUCUUGUGACUUUGGAGUACAGGAUCACAAUGGUCAGAUCGGAAAAUGGUUAUGUGAGGGUCAAUGGGAUUCGGGUGGCCUUGCCUAUCAGUCUAGAAGGUGGGAGAUUGCGGGUUGUACAGAGUGGCAACUCCGCCGUAAUCACCACUGACUAUCAGCUUUGGAUGUCUUAUGACUGGAAUCACCACUUGCGUGUCACCCUCGGCAGUGAUUUUUAUGGGCUUGUCACUGGCCUUUGUGGGAACUAUAAUGGGGAUCCCAAAGAUGACUUCAUGACACCAGAAGGAACAUUGGCUCCAGAUACCAAUGCCUUUGGCGAGAGUUGGUGGCUGAAGGGCCAAGAUGACAACUGCUGGAACGAUUGCCAUGGUCCUUGUCAGCCUUGCCAACCUGAUCUGGUCAAAAAGUAUGGAUCCGAGGAAUAUUGUGGCCUGAUAACUGCACCAAACGGCCCCUUUGCCCCUUGCCAUGCCAAGGUGGACCCCGCCUUCUUCUUUGAGAGCUGUGUCUAUGAUGUUUGUGCCAACGAAGGCCACAGACCAACCUUGUGUGAUGCCCUGAAGGCCUACGCAGAUACCUGCCAGAGAGAGGGAGUCCAGAUUGGCGAAUGGACGAAAAUCUCUGGAUGCUUGCCACAGUGCCCUCCAAACAGUGAGUACAAUCCCUGUGGAACAGCCUGCCCAGCCACUUGUGUGGAUCAAAGGGAACUGUUGUGCCCGGAUGUUUGUGUGGCAGGCUGCCAGUGUAAAGAAGGUUUUGUGCUGAGCCAUGGGACCUGCAUUCCAAAGAGCAGCUGUGGGUGCUAUUACGAAGGACGCCCCUAUGCCCCCAAUGAGAAAUUCUGGGCCGACGACCGGUGUUCGAAGCUCUGUGUGUGCAACCCAGCCACAAGGCAAGUGGAGUGUGGACCCAGUUCUUGCAAAUCCUCAGAAAAAUGUGACGUGCAGAAGGGCGUGCGGGGCUGCUACCCCAUUGACUUUGGUAACUGCACUGCCCAGGGAGACCCCCACUAUUGUACCUACGACAAUUGCAGGUUUGAUUUCCAAGGGAGCUGUUCCUAUGUGCUUUCUCAAGUGGAUGAAACCGUAAAGGACGUGCCGUGGUUCGGUGUGUAUGUUGAAAAUGAAUAUCGGGGAAAUAAUCGUGUGACCUGGACUCGGAGUGUGCAAGUCAAUGUCUAUGAUAAGGAGAUUGUUGUCAGCAGGCGGUAUCCUGGUAAAAUCUUGGUCGGUGGCUUGUUAACCUGCCUUCCUUACAGUUCAUUUGGAGGAAGAGUCAAGGUUUUCAAGCAGGGCAACCGUGCUGUCAUCCAGACAAACUUUGGACUUUCGGCCAGUUUCGAUUGGAACAAUCAUGUUUUUGUCACCGUCCCCGGCACAUAUGCAGGCAUCCUGAAUGGUCUGUGUGGGAACUUCAAUGGGGACUGUAAAGAUGAUGCCCUUGUGCCUGGUAAAACCCUUGUUCCCAGCAUCCCAGUGUUUGGGAACACUAAGGAACCUGACCCAAAGUGCAAUGAGAUCAUUGAUCCAAAGUGUCCAGGUAUCGAGGCCAUGCGAGAGCAGCAGCGUGCCUCGGGCAAAGAUUGUGGGCUCAUUGUUGCCAAGGACGGGCCUUUCCGGGAAUGCCAUGCACAUAUUGACCCAGAAGAUGCUUUCUUGGAUUGUGUCUAUGAUGCCUGUUUCUUCAAGGGACAUUACACUGCCAUCUGUGCUGCAAUCGCCAACUAUGCCAAAGCUUGCCAAGCUGCUGGGAUUACUAUAUACCCGUGGAGAUCUUCAACCUUCUGUCCUCCAGCCUGUCCUAGAAACAGUCACUAUGAAUUAUGUGCCAAGGAGUGUGGCCAAAGCUGCAGCACUCUUUAUGUUCCGGUGUCUUGUCCUGCCAAAUGCGAGGAGGACUGUGUCUGUGAUGAAGGCUUUAUUAAGAGCAAUGAUGCUUGUGUCCCAAUUGCCCAGUGUGGAUGUUUCCAUCAGGGACAAUACUAUCCAGUGUUGGAGUACUUCUACCCAAGUUGUGAAGAACGCUGCCAGUGUCAGGCCGGUGGGAGAGUGGUGUGUGAAGUGAUCCGUUGCGGCCCCAAUGAAGAGUGCAAAUUGGUGAAUGGACUCCAGAAAUGCCAUCCAACUGGAAGUGCUAUGUGCUCCAUCAUUGGCAGCUUUUAUCUUACAUUUGAUAAGCUGUCCUUUAAUUCCCAGGGCACUUGCACCUACAUCCUUGUCAAAUUGCAGGAAAACAAUGUGGUCUUGACACCCAUCACUGUUGUUGUAGAGAAGGAAGACAGUCUGUAUGGAAGUAUGGCUGUGAUCAAGUCAGUCCAUGUACAAAUCUCAGACACUGAGGUUACUCUGCUGCGGAACAAAGCAGGAAGCAUCCUGGUGGAUGGAGUAUUCCAUUACCUUCCUGUGAAUCUUUUGGGUGGACAAGUGAGAAUCUAUCAGUAUGGAGUCAACAUCAGGAUAGAUAGUACUUUUGGCUUUGCACUGACCUAUGACCUCUUUUACCAUCUGGAAACCACCCUUCCCAACACCUAUCAGGGGCAGGUGACAGGCUUGUGUGGAAACUACAAUGGACAGAGGGAAGAUGAUCUUCAGCUCCCUGAUGGCACUGUUGUAUCUGAUGUGGCGGUAUUUGUUGCUUCCUGGAAAAUCCCAGUCCUUGGUGUAUCCUGCACAGAUGGAUGCUCUGGAUCCCGCUGUCCAAUUUGUGUGAAAGAAAAGGAAGAACUUUUUAAGCAUAGUAGCUCCUGCGGGAUCAUCACAGCCUCUGAUGGGCCUUUCCAGGCCUGCCAUGCCCUUGUGGACCCCAGUGUGUACCUGGACAACUGUGUCUUUGAAAUGUGUAUAAGAGGUGGGGACAAGGAUGCCUUUUGCAAGGCCAUCCAGAGUUAUGUAACUGCCUGCCAAGAAGCCAAGGGCAACAUCCAGCCUUGGAGGAGUCCUUCGUUUUGCCCCCUGACUUGCCCAGCCAACAGCCAUUAUAGCAUCUGCUCUGACAUCUGUGAAACCAGCUGUGCUGGGAUCACGGAUCAUCUCAAGUGCCCAGAACACUGUGUAGAAGGUUGCCAGUGUGAUGAUGGAUUCUUUUUUGAUGGCAUCAAAUGUGUCCCCUUGGACGAUUGUGGUUGUUUUGAGAACAACAGAUACUUCCCGCCUAAUGAAGUUAUCCUGCUCAACAACUGUGCCGAGAAAUGUGUCUGUACAGCAAUGGGCCUCAUCUGUGAAGCCAAUGCUUGCUCAGAAAAUGAAGUCUGUGAAGUGAAGGAUGGUGUCCUGCAGUGCAGUAGCAGAGAGCCACCAACUCCCAGCUGUCUUCACGUUAAGUGUCGGAGAGGCAUGGAAUGCCAGAUGAUCAAUGGACAACCCAAGUGUGUGCCAACCUCAAAUUCUACCUGCUGGGCAUGGGGCGAUCCACAUAUCCACACUUUUGAUGGCCGCAAUUUUGACUUCCAAGGCACUUGUACCUACACACUUUGCAAGACGACUAAUGAUAAUCUUGAGUUCCCACCCUUCCACAUUUUUAUCAAGAAUGCACACAGAGGGAAUACGCAUGUAUCCUAUGUGGAGAAGGUGACUUUUGAAGUUUUGGAGUACAGCAUCACAAUGGCCAGAUCAGAAACUGGUUUUGUUUGGGUCAAUGGGAUUCGGAUGGCCUUACCCAUCAGUCUGGAAGGUGGGAAAUUGUGGCUUGUACAGAGUGGCAACUCCGUCGUCGUCUUUACUUACUUUCAGCUCAGGAUAAGCUAUGACUGGAACCACGAUGUACGAGUCACCCUCAGCAGUGCCUAUCUUGGGUUUGUCGCUGGCCUUUGUGGGAACUAUAAUGAGGAUCCCAAAGAUGACUUCAUGACACCAGAAGGAACAUUGGCUCCAGAUGCCAAUGCCUUUGGCGAGAGCUGGUGGCUGAAGGGCCAAGAUGACAACUGCUGGCAUGAUUGCCAUGGGCCUUGUCAGCCUUGCCAACCUGAUCUGGUCACAAAGUAUGGAUCCGAGGAAUAUUGUGGCCUGAUAACUGCACCCAAUGGCCCCUUUGCCUCUUGCCAUGCCAAGGUGAACCCCACCUUCUUCUUUGAGAGCUGUGUCUAUGAUGUUUGUGCCAACGAAGGCCACAGACCAACCCUGUGUGAUGCCCUGAAGGCCUACGCAGAUACCUGCCAGAGAGAGGGAGUCCAGAUUGGCGAAUGGAGGAAAAUUGCUGGAUGCUUGCCACAGUGCCCUCCAAACAGCGAGUACCAGCAAUGUGGAACAUAUUGCCCUGCGACUUGUGUGGAUCAAAGGCAACUGUUGUGCCCGGCUGUUUGUGUGGAAGGCUGCCACUGUAAAGAAGGUUUUGUGCUGAGCCAUGGGACCUGCAUUCCCAGGAGCAGCUGUGGAUGCUAUUACGAAGGACGCCUCUAUGCCCCCAAUGAGAGAUUCUGGGCCGACGACCAGUGUUCAAAGCUCUGUGUGUGCAACCCAGCCACAAGGCACCUGGAAUGUGGACCCAGUGCUUGCAAAGCCUCAGAAAAAUGUGACGUGCAGAAGGGCGUACGGGACUGCUACCCCAUUGACUUCGGCAACUGCACUGCCCAGGGAGACCCCCACUAUUGUACCUACGACAAUUGCAGGUUUGAUUUCCAAGGGAGCUGUUCCUAUGUGCUUUCUCAAGUGGAUGAAACCGUAAAGGACGUGCCAUGGUUCGGUGUGUAUGUUGAAAAUGAAUAUCGGGGAAAUAAUCGUGUGACCUGGACUCGGAGUGUGCAAGUCAAUGUCUAUGAUAAGGAGAUUGUUGCCAGCAGGCGGUAUCCUGGUAAAAUCUUGGUUGGCGGUGUGUUGACGUCCCUUCCUUACAGCUCAUUUGGAGGAAGAGUCAAGGCAUUCAGGCAGGGCAACCGUGCUGUGAUCCAGACAAGGUUUAGCCUUUCAGUCAGUUUCGAUUGGAACGGCCAUGUUUUUGUCUCCGUCCCCGGCACAUAUGCAGGCAUCCUGAAUGGUCUGUGUGGGAACUUCAAUGGGGACUGUAAAGAUGAUGCCCUUGUGCCUGGUAAAACCCUUGUUCCCAGCAUCCCAGUGUUUGGGAACACUAAGGAACCUGACCCAAAGUGCAAUGAGAUCAUUGAUCCAAAGUGUCCAGGUAUCGAGGCCAUGCGAGAGCAGCAGCGUGCCUCGGGCAAAGAUUGUGGGCUCAUUGUUGCCAAGGACGGGCCUUUCCGGGAAUGCCAUGCACAUAUUGACCCAGAAGACGCUUUCUUGGAUUGUGUCUAUGAUGCCUGUUUCUUCAAGGGACAUUACACUGCCAUCUGUGCUGCAAUCGCCAACUAUGCCAAAGCUUGCCAAGCUGCUGGGAUUACCAUACACCAGUGGAGAUCUUCAACCUUCUGCCCCCCAGCCUGUCCUAGAAACAGUCACUAUGAAUUAUGUGCCAAGGAGUGUGGCCAGAGUUGCAACAGUCUUUAUGUUCCAGCGUCUUGCCCUGCCAAAUGCGAGGAGGACUGUGUCUGUGAUGAGGGCUUCAUCAAGAGCAAUGAUGCUUGCGUCCCAAUUGCCCAGUGUGGCUGUUUCCAUCAGGGACAAUACUAUCCAGUGUUGGAGUACUUCUACCCAAGUUGUGAGGAACGCUGCCAGUGUCAGGCCGGUGGGAGAGUGGUGUGUGAAUCGAUCCGCUGUGGUCCCAACGAAGAGUGCAAAUUGCUGGAUGGAGUCCAGAAAUGCCAUCCAACUGGAAGUGCCACCUGCUCUGCCAGUGGUAGCUUUUAUCUUACCUUUGAUAGGCUGCCUUUUAAUUUCCAGGGCACUUGCACCUACAUCCUUGCCAAACUCCAGGAAAAUAAUGUGGGCUUGACACCCAUCACUGUUAUUAUAGAGAAUGAAGACUGGCUGAAUGGGCAGAAGACUGUGAUCAAGCUGGUCCGUGUACAAAUUUCAGACAUUGAGGUUACUCUGCUGCGCAACAAAGAGGGAAGCAUUCUAGUGAAUGGAGAAUUCCAUUACCUUCCUGUGAAUCUUUUGGGUGGGAAAGUGAGAAUCUAUCAGAAAGGAUUCAGUAUCAAGAUAGGGAGUGCUCUUGGCUUUGCACUGACCUAUGACCAGCAUUACCAUGUGAGGAUCACCCUUUCCAGCACCUAUCAGGGGCAGAUGACAGGCUUGUGUGGCAACUACAAUGGACAGAAGGAUGAUGAUCUUCAGCUCCCUGAUGGCACUGUUGUAUCUGAUGUGGCAGAAUUUGUUGCUGCCUGGAAAGUCCCAGUCCUUGGUGUAUCCUGCACAGAUGGAUGCUCUGGACCCCGCUGCCCACUUUGUGAGAUAGAGAAGGAAGAAGAUUUUAAGCAGCGCAGCUCCUGUGGGAUCAUCACAGCCUCUGAUGGGCCUUUCCAGGCCUGCCAUGCCAUUGUGGACCCCAAUGUGUACUUGAACAACUGUGUCUUUGAAUUGUGUAUAAAUGGUGGGGACAAGGAGGCCCUGUGCAAGGCCAUUCAGAGUUAUGUAACUGCCUGCCAAGAAGCCAAGGUCGACAUCCCGCCUUGGAGAAGCCCUUUGUUUUGCCCCUUGACUUGCCCACCCAACAGCCAUUAUAGGAUCUGCUCUAACUACUGCGAAACAAAUUGUGCCAGACUCACGGAUCGCUAUAAAUGCCCAGAGAGCUGUGCAGAAGGCUGCCAAUGCGAUGACGGAUUCUUCUUUAAUGGCAUCAAUUGUGUCCCCUUGGACAAUUGUGGCUGCUUUCAAAACGGCAGGUGCCUCCCGAAAGGAGAGAGCUACCUUACUCCUGACUGCCAGACAAGCUGCACUUGCCAAAACGAUGGCUCAGUGACUUGCGAAUCCAGUGACUGUGGUGCUGAUGAGGUGUGUGAGCUGAGAGAUGGAAUCCGUGGAUGCUUCUCGACAGAGAGUCACUGUACACUGAUGCCAGGGGCUCACCUCUCUUCAUUUGAUGGUCUUUCUGGAGAUGCUCCUACUCCUGGCAGCUACCAGUUGGUUUCUAUUUGUGAUCCCAGCUCUGACGAUUGGUUCCGAGUGGUUGUGGGAGUUGCCUCUUGCCCGCCAACUGGAACUGUUGCCCCCACGUUGCUCCAUGUCUUCUUCAAGGACUUAUUCAUCAGUAUAAAUCUACAGAAUGACAUCUGGGUGAAUGGACUGCCUGUUCCAAUCCCAUACCAAGCUACUGAUGUAGUAACACUUAGCCUGGAUGGCAGCAAUCUCCUCCUGCAGUCACCACAAGUUAAAGUGUCCCUGAACUCCAUUGGAGGAGUACGGGUGACUGUCAACCCCAUUUUAUCAGGGAGCCUAUGUGGAGCAUGUGGAAACUUCAACCACGAUCAAAUCGAUGAUCUGAAGGGUCCAGGUGGAGUGGAUGUCCAUAAUGUGCCUGAGCUGAUGAUAUCUUGGAGAGCCAAAGAUUUCACUCUCUGUCUGGAAUGAAAGAAGAUUCACUUGGUAAAUUGAAAGCUCAGCUGAAAUGCUUGUAAAGUGUCAGGGGAAAUAGGGAAAUGGUGGACGUAAGUCCAGGACUUGGUAAAUCAUAGCCAUAUCUUCUCCAGAUUCAUGGGUUUUAUUAUGGGAAAGACUCUUUUGCACAAACCAAAUUUUAAGAGAGCUGAUAUUUUUUGGAAAUUCUUAAAACUGAUGUCAUGGAAUAUAUUGACCUCAGAAACCAACUAUGUGUGGAUUUGAUCCUUAUUGGAAAACUGAUUUGUUAAUAUCUUUCUGUUUGAGUCUUUGCAUUUUGGAUGAGUGUACGGUGAGAUGGGCUUCGAAACAGGAUAUGGCUGAUAAACCCUUCUGAUUUUGCUUGAUCUGAAUUCUGAGCUAAAAUAAAAACAAUUUCCACCAAA